AGGAUUAAAGAGGAAAAUCAAGGACCUAACGGGAGAAAGAGGGAAGAAAAAGACACCAGCGCAGCCGCUGAGAUAGUCAGGGAUGGCAGCUGAACAUGCAGCAGCUCACAGUGUUGAUUUGUAAAGCUCAGCCGCCAUGUCUAAAGCGACGGUGAAGAAGCUGCACUGGCGCUCCAAGGUGCAGGAGAGCUUUGUCCCGCUGGGGGGCGGCAGUGGUGGCGGCUCCGGGGAGCUGGGACUGGCCAUCGGGGGCGGGGCUGACUAUGGCGAGUUCCCAUUCGUCACGGCCGCCCCCGGGGGUGGUCCCACAGUGGGUGACAUCAUUCUGGAGAUUGGGGGGACACCUGUGUUGGGAAUGACCCUCGGUGAUGUCAGAGGAGUCCUGAACUCCUGUCCUCAUCCAAUCAGAAUCAAGACCGUCUCACCAGGUUCAUCUCUGUGUAAAGACCUCAGGUUGUACCUCAGUAAGUGUUUCACUCCAGGCUCCAUGGACAGUCAGCUGCAGCAGCUCAUCAGGGAGAACCUGUACCUGCGCGCUGUGCCCUGUACGACCAGGCAGCCUCGAGAUGGAGAGAUUUCAGGUGUGGACUACAACUUUGUCUCCAUCGAGGAGUUUUUCUCACUGGAGGAGUCUGGAGCGCUGCUGGAGAGCGGCAAGUUCAAAGGGAAUUACUAUGGGACGCCCCGCCCUGUCCACAUUGGCCCAGAGAGUCCACCAAUCACAUACCAGGAACAUCGAAACCUGCUGAGGAACUUCAGGACGAGGAGCAAGUCUCUGAGUAACCUGGAGAAAGCUGUGGAGGAAGGAGACAACAGCGAGGAGGACAGCGGCCUGUCAGGAUCAGCUGGAGCUCCUCCCACUACGCUGCAUCUCAGUCAGUCAUGGGAGUCUGCAGUAGGAAUGGAGAAUGGAGGAGGGGGAAGAGGAGUAGGGAGGGGAAGAGCAGGAGUAGGAGCUCCGCUGCCGGAAAACUGGGAGCUGGCCUACAGUGAUUCAGGGGAGCCGUACUACAUUGAUCAUAAUUCAAAGACGACCAGCUGGCUGGAUCCUCGAACUCUGAACAAAGAGACGACUCCCUCUACAGAACUCCCAGAGUUCACCGACCAGCCCAGUCAGCUGAAGGGUUAUUCCAUCCACACUCGGCUCUCUAAAGGUCCUCGAGGUUUCGGCUUCAACAUAGUCGGAGGAAGUCGACCACGAGAGUUUCUGCAGGUGUACAGCGUCACACCUGGAGGACCGCCUGCUCUCACUGCAGCGGACAUCCUGGUCUACAUCAAUGACACCUGUGUGCUGGGUCGCUCUCAUAAAGAAGUGGUGGAGAUGCUGAAGUCGGUACCGAUGGGUCAGAGCGUGGAUGUGGUGCUAAGGAGAGGAUACCCGAUGCUUUAUAACCCCGACGGCUGUCCCAAACAGACCCUGGAGACGCCGCAGACGCCCAGCGAGUCCAUCAACCUGAACCGAGGACUGACACACCUCACCUUCAGCCGCACUCUGGAUGCCAACGGCAAAACGCCAGGUCUGGCACAAACCCCGCCCUCCUAUGCCACUCAGCCAAUGACAAAUGGACUCACAGGCCCACCUACCCCCACAUCCUCUGAUACCCCGCUGGGUCCGCCACACCCAGCAGAGAGCAGAGAGACCAAUCACAGUGACUCUGAUGGUGGCCUAUCCAAUGCAGGAACUCGAAGGUCCUCUCUGAUUCGUUACAACAGCAGCACUCUCCCUGCACUCUCCUCCUCUUCCCUUCUCCAACAUCAGAGCUCCAAGUCCUCAGAGAGUGACCUGUCUACAUCCACGCUCCCCAUCUCCUCUUCCACGCUCCCCAUCACUUCUUCAUCCUCACACAUUCUUUCCAAACUGCCCCUCUCUCAGCCUGAGAUGGGCCUCCUCCAAAACUCCACCAGCCCCACCACCACAAACAACACCACCACCUCUUCUACACCUCCUGGUGCACCAGUGCAUCGCCCACUGAUGCCCCAGACCUCAUUCGGGCUGACCCCACCCAGAGACAUCCCACCCUGUGGCUUUAAUGGGUGCCCAGCCAGUCACCAAGCACCCUCCACAGCAUCCAGAGGAAACCCAGGAUUGGUGCUCCCCCUUGGUGCAGGGUCACCGGGGACAGCCCAUGGAGGGGAGCUUGUACCGGUGGCCCUUGGACGCAGUGAAAGUGGGGGACUGGGGUUCAGUGUGACAGCAGGAGGACAAGGUGGUCAACAGGCAGUAGUUAGGCGCGUUUGGGAUCGGCGGCAGUGCCCGUCACUGCAGUCUGGAGACACUAUAGUGAAGAUCAAUGGAGCAGACGUCCAAAGCCUCAGCUUCUCCCAGGUCCAGAGAGUGCUGCAGGAACACACCAAACAGGGAGAGGUUGUGCUACUGGUCUACAGAGGAGCUCCCGUCUCCUCCCCAGUCAUCACCCCCAACCUCUACAAGCCCCUCCCCUCCCCACACGGCCUCACCACCCCUUCCUCCUCCCACCCCACCACUUCAGCCAACUUGCCUUCCCCGUCCACGGGUGCCUUGGUGGGGGGUGUUCCCCCACUCAGCCAGGCCGGCUUGGCCCUCGAGAGUCCCCAGGAGGGGCACCUACCAGCACCAGGGAACCACCAAGGUGCCCCUCCUGCCCAGACGCCUAAUGGGCCCCCAGCCUCGGGCCUCAUCCAGAGCACCAGCUUCCUGGACUCAGUUCCCGUGACACUGACCUUAGAGCCACGUGACUUGCUGGGUGUGGAGGAGAGUGUGGGUGGCCCCCCUGCAAUCAGAGGGGGAGGAGCACUAGGAGCGGUCCCUAAGGAUGGAAGAGGAAGCGGAGGAGGAGUAAAGACAGUGGAGGUAGAGCUGAGAAGGCGGCAGGGAGAAGGCUUUGGAUUCGUUAUUGCCUCUCAGGAAGUGAGUGGAGCCCCCUCCCUGAUGUCUCACCGGUUCGUGACAGUGCGUCGUGGCAGCCCGGCGGCUCGCAGUGGGCAGAUCCAGCCCGGAGACCAGCUGGAUGCGGUCGAGGGCCGGCCAGUCGCAGGUCUGCAGCACCGAGACCUGGCCCAGAUCCUGAGGAGAGCCGGGAACACGCUGAGACUGAGCAUCACUCCUCGACACCAUUCCUCUUCUCUGCCUGAAGGCGCAGAUCUAGACAUUGAUGGCCGGAUGAUGAAAGGACCCAGAGGGAGGUCAAAGGAGGAGUCAAAAUUCUACAGUGUGGACCUGGAACGAGGGCCUACGGGUUUUGGUUUUUCUCUGAGAGGAGGCAGUGAGUACAACAUGGGACUGUAUGUUCUGGGGCUCAUGGAUGGGGGACCAGCUCAGCGCAGCAGUAAGAUACAGGUGUCCGACCAGCUGGUGGAGAUAAAUGGAGACAGUACAGCGGGAAUGACUCACAGUCAGGCCGUGGAGCAGAUCAGAAGAGGAGGACAUCGAAUCCACCUCAUCCUCAAGAAGGGAAACGGCUACGUGCCCGACUACGGCCCUGAGGAAGGAGCUCUCUCCCCCUCCUCCUCUUCACAUACUGAGGAGCAGGAUAUGAAUAUGGUAACCAUGACAACUGCCUCUCUCAGCCGGCAAAUGAAAAGAGGAAGUGGUACAGGAGAAGGAAGUGGUACAGGAGAAGGAGAGAGGAGGAGCAGGAGAGAGAGAGAAACCAAACGAAAAACAGGAGGAGGAGGGUUAGGGCCUCCUGAUCUGGACCUAGACCUAGUGGAGGAAGAAGCACGGGUACUGGAGAGGAGACAGCAAGAGGAGGAGGAGGAAGAGGAGGAGAGAAAGAGAAGAAGUCAGACUGUCAGGCAGAAGAAGCGGGAUGACCUGAGGGAGCAGGGGAGAAGGAGCAGGAGCUUACCCAGGAGUGAUGCUCGACCCAGGGACUCGCCUCUGCUGGAGGAGAGGGUGAAGGAGUCCAGAAGAAGAGGGGGAGAGAGGGAAAGGGGGGAGGAGAGAGACAACAGCACCAACCGCCGUGCAAAGCAUGCUGGGAGCUCUGCUUCAUCUCAGAAGGCAGCGUUCUCUUUCCUCAUGCCGCUGGACGAUGACAACAGUGACAGACGUCUCUCUGACAGCGAAUCAGCAGCCAGUUUUUCAGAGUUGAGCCUAUCAGCGGCAAGCAUCGCCACUGCAGGCUUGAGGGAGGAGUCUGAUUGGGGGAGAGAUGAGUUGGGAUGGCAAGAGGGGGACACCCCGGGCCCUUGGCUGAAGCCGAGCCCGCAGAAACUGACGCAGGUUCUGACGGGCAGUCGGCUCCGUGGGCGAGAACUAGUGGGCGGGCUCUCUCUCUGAUUGGCCAGCAGUGUGGACAUCCUCCUUUUUUAUUCACUGAUUUUUUUUUUUCUUUCAUUGGCUACUUAACAAGGGCUUUUUUGAUUGGCCUGCUGGAGAAGACCCGCCUCCUCCUGUGUCUAACUGGAUGACCGCAGACAAUUAUGUUUCUAACUGGACGAUGAGAAGCAAACAGAAAAAGGUUUCUGAUUGGCUGGUGGGUGGUUUUCAAGGCCUCCGUGACAUAACAGCUGCACACAGAGCCACCUGCCGAUCCAACACCUUUAAUAUUACCCAUCAUGCCUCAGUAUAUCCUGAGACCUGUAUCAUGAAGCUAUAUCAGGCUGCCGUCGCCUAUCAGACAAUUUCACUUAUUUUCUCAUCAUCUCGGGAUUCCGUUUUAUUUCUACUCGAUUCAAGUAACGUCCUAAUACGGGUUAGGGUUAGAUUACAGUGAUUGAAACAUGAACCAAAUCACUUGAGCUGCCUGUGGACAGCUGAGCCCUUUGUGAUACAGGCUCCUGGUCUGCAGACCUGAUGUGACAUUUGAGUGUGAAACAUCACGUCUGCGUUUCAUGGCUUCAUCACAGUCACCUUCACGCGCAUCCUCCCGACUUCAAACUCGUAUGCAAACGACACCCGAACCGAACAACAGCGCUGUUUCGUGAUUCUCUCUGUGUAAUCUGAGCAUGUGAAUAUGACUGGAAUGAUUUUUUUAUUUUUAUAAAGCUGAACAUGUAAUGACAUAAUUAUUACUAUGAUAUUAGAGAUUAAAUAGAUCCGGAGAUGAUUUGAUUUGCCUGCUUGCUUGUAAAAACGAAAGGAAAAUAACCUGAUGAUAUAACAGAGCCAUACACACAAAAACACACACACAUACAGAUGUCAGGUCCAGCUGUGGUCCUGUUGGCUGUCAGUGACCAUAACAUCACCAUGGCAACAUGACCUGUCUCUAUAGCGACAGCCACGGAGGAGCAGGACGACCUGCAGCUUUGGAUCAUAACAAGUGCCUCGUUUUGUUUCAGCCUUCGUCCUGCAGACUGUCGCCUCGCCGAAGCUGCAGGCAGACACACGCCGCCACUUCCUGCAACUCAACGCCAAGACCUUUCAGACACCAAAAUAUCCCAUCAUGCAACAACCAACACCAAGUUUAACGCGUUUGAGAUGUAUUUGGGUUAACCAAAAUGACGCCUCAUCUCAUCUGAAUGUGUCUUUGUUCAAGGUUCAACAUUUGGGCUGCAUCUAAUUAUUUUCAGGAUUGAUUAUAAGAUGUCAGAAAAUAGUCAAAACAGCCUUUUGUAACUCGUAUAGCCCCUCGAUACAUCUUCAGAUGUCUUUUGUGAGCUUUCUUUUUUGAAGGAUGUUUAAUUUACCACCAAGUACAACAAACCAAAGCAGUAAAUCCCGACCCCGGAGCAGCAGAAACAUCAAUGUGACCAUUUCAUCUUAUUUACUGACUAAUUUUACAGCUCUGUUUAAAACAGGGAAAUUUUACAUGUGCAGGAUUUCAGCCAGACUUAAUCUGUAAUCUGUAAAAUCUCAAAGUACCAAUUAAAAUUGGUACUUUUCGGUUCCAUCAGUUUGUUAUGUUCCAAUUUGGUGCCAUUUAUUACAAUGAACAAGCAUCACAUCCUCAGAUUAAUGAAGUUUGAGCCCCUCACCUACUAAUUUUAAUAAGUAAGCUUAAUAAUGCAAAUUAACAUUACAGAAAAGGUAAAAAAGAUUUGUUUGUUUCUCACAGGUCAGAAUUUGCUGCUCGUCUUUGUCAUACUUCAUAUCAAAUAUCUGCAGUCUGAAGACAUUUCUCAAGGUUGUAGAAAUAAUUGGCCCCAAUUUCUGUCACUUUAUACAAAUCAGUGAGAAGCAACAAUGCAGCCCCGUGUUUCACGUUUGGGUUGAGGAUUAGUGUGCACUGCAGAGAUGUAAAUACAUGAACAGAUAAAACCAAAACACUCAUGUGUACACGAUAAUAUCCAGUGCAGUGAUGUUAGACGGUCAGCUGCACCGACACAAACCCGCCUGACGUUCAGAGAAAUUCAAGCUGAGUAUUAUAAACAAUCAUGCGCCUGCUUUUACCACCGUCUGCAUAUCUUACACUGUUAGACUUUUUUUUUUAACUGUUCACAUAGCAGUAUUUUUAAGCCACAGUUAUAUUUUUUAUUUUUACUAAUUAUUUAUGAGAGAUGACUUUAUCUAAAAAACUAAUUUCAUUAACAGUACGGUAAGGCACGUUAAUUUUGCUCCUUUUUGGGGACCUAUUCUGCCUUCCCUAAUGUUUCAUAUCAAACAUGACCAAAGUGAAAAUGACAGAAACGUGUCACAUAAUCCACGGAAGCCAACCAAUCAGGCUUGAGACAACAUCGCAGCGCAAAAGCAACGAGUGCUUCCGAAAGCUGGCCAAUCACAAGAAAGGGCGGCCUUAAAGAGACGGUUUGUUUCAGACAGAAAAUAAACCGAGGGGCUGCAUAAAGGUUUUUGUUUUUAAAAAUUAUGAAUCAUGAUAAGCUACUUUAGUGGAAACGAACAGAAUAGGUCUCCUUUCAGAAUCACACCUAAGAAAUGUACAUUUUUAAAAAAAUAUAAGAUUAUACGAUGGAAAAAUAAACUGGUCGCUGCUCUCUGUGGUACAGCACAGAACAGUGACUCUGUUUUCAAACAUGAAAUCUGUUGUCAUUAAUCAGCUGAUCUACAGUGUGUGCUGACACUGACGAUUAUGAGCUUAACUUGAUGUCAUUGGUUAUCUCAUCCAAAGAGUGUUUAUGAGAUGAAGAAGCUCCACUCUGUAACAAAGCUGUGAAUGAGCUGAUUGUUUAGGUGAAUGAUUGAAAACAAUUAAUUUUCCAAGUAAAAAUUGAGGGAAAAACCUUCAGUGUUGAGGCUCCAAAAGGAAGUUUGUAGUUUUUUGAAAUGGAAUAUUUUGGAUUGUUGCUUGAACAAAAGAUAUUUUAACCCUUUAUAGGGUCGUUGAAAUACUUUGAAAUUCAAAAUUAUAUAUCAAAUCACGUAUAAAACCGAGAUCAGUGAAGUUACCGUGUUUGGUUCUUUGUAACUGGUAAAAAACAAAAACAUAUAUGCUAAACGUGCAUUUUAAAGCAUUAUAACAGAGUCAUUACAACAUACACAUUAUAACUUUAAACAACAUUAUGCCAUUUCUUCAUGACAUUCUCCACAUUCUUCUUUAACCUCACUGAGGUGCCAGAUCACAUAUAAACGUGCCCCAUAGAGGGUUAAAAACAUGACAAUGAGCUGAGCGAUGUUAUUUCAUGUUUAAUCGUCUAAACUAUUAAUCCAAAACAUUAUUUGGCAAUCAGUAAUAAAAAGAAUUAUGAGUUUUUUUUCCAAUAAAUCCAAGUAAGAUUUCAUCCAGCUGGUUGUGUUUGAGGACUCUUCCUCCAGUUAAACUUGAUAUCAGAUCAAUAUUUGAACUGAUCAGAUUGACAGCUUUGAAUAUGUAGCUUGAAGCAUAAACAAAGUGCAUAUAUUAGAUUUAGAAGCAUCUGCUCUGUUUCAAAGAUUGACAUGAACUUUUCUCUGCAGCAGCUGCUUCCUUCUGAUUUCUCUUUUUUUAAGCUAAAUAACCUGGAAAAAAAAACUAUUGAUGGUUUUAAACUCAUGAGAAACAAUAAAUUUAAAAUGUUGAUUUCAAAUUCACAUUAAUGGGUCAUUGCUGUUAGCUAUACAGCAGCAGCACUUAAACAUAUUUCACAUAUUUGUAACUCACACAUCAGGCCUUAUUUUGGGUUCAAAGCUCUUUCACAUGGAAACAUAGAAAUAUGUUGGGUUAACCCUUUAUAGUCUCUGUUCCCUCUCUGUGAGAACCACAUGGAUUUCUCCCAGGCAAUCAGCAAAAAUCAGGCUACGUUACAGAUAAACCAAAGGUAGCUUACAUGGUAACUUCACUGACCUUGAUUUGCAUCUUGAAAAUGAAAAAAAAAAAAUUCACAAAAGUAAAACAUUUUUAAUUUCCCAGUAUUUAAAUGCGUGUCCUGUGAAGAGUUAAUUUACGUGUCAGUAAAUACUCAGGAUUAAGAGCCUCAACAACAACAAUCAACAGUAGAACGGUUCACCUCAAAAAUCAGCUGUGCAGGUUUGUUUCCUCUGGCCUGUCGUGCUGAAUAUCCUUCCAGAUUGUUUUGUUGUGAGUUGCCCAGCUGUGCAGUUUCAUACAGGAGCUAUUUUCUCUCUACUAAAAUAGAUACUGUAUCACUGUGCGGAAGGAAGAAUGGCUCUGCCCAUUACAUUCAAGAGAGGUUUAUCCUCAAACAUAUUUCCAGCUCAAAUCAAAAACAAUCUGCAUCACCACAGACCAGAGAAGAACUGUGCACAUUUAAUGCUGAGGUGAAUUUCCUCUUUGAUGUGCUAAAAAAUUAUUGUGUGAGGUUAAAAUAAAUAAGAAUAAAUAAAUAAACAUUUCAUCCAUC